UGCUCUCUGUGCGGGAGUCUCCUGUCCUGAGUCCCUCCUGGGACAGAGGGCAGCAGAGGCCUGUCUCUUCCACAUGGUGCGCCUCCCCUGUGUGUGUGGUUGUGGCACUGGAGCGAGGUAUGGGGAUUCCACGCCUUAAACAGCAUCUUUGCAGCUGUGAAGAUGACCUCUAAAGACUCACACUGGCCGAGGAAGAAAUCCAGGAAAAGAAGAAGAGGAAAGAAAAGGUGUCAGGAAUGGCCGUUCCUCAGGGACCAUUGACCUUGGAGGACGUGGCCAUCGAGUUCUCUCUGGAGGAGUGGGCCGGCCUGGACCCUGCCCAGAGGGCCUUGUACAGGGACGUGAUGCUGGAGACCUGCAGGAACCUGCUCUCCCUGGGGGAGCAUCACUUCCCUCUGGGAGUCGGGAUCUGCCCUUGCAUGUGGUACAUUUGCUGGUGUGUUGCCUCUUUAGAGGCCCUGAUUUGGUUGAGUGCUCUGAUAGCCCUGUUGACUCAGCUCUGA